AUAAGAUAAUUGGCGGGGUGUAUGCAUCUUUUCCUUUCUCUCUUUUCCAUUUCUCAUCUUCACCCAGGUUUGCUCAUCGUUUUCGAUUGUGGGUGGUUUUGUAAGGAUAGAAAAUGGGAGAAACAAAGAGAAAAUAUCUGCCUGUGGGCUCUUCAAGCAAAAGUGCGCGGCUCUACUGUCUGUCGCGACGAUCUCUCCGAUCCGCACUGUCUCUCUACAAAAGAUCGACUCACGUACAGGUAUCCGCCCACGUCGUGAAACACUAUUAGACCCAACCCACCACCGGCGGCUCCUCAUCUACCUGUCAGUUCGACAGUCGUCUGACUCCAUAGUCGUACCGCCGUUUUCAAUUUUCAUUUUCCGUCAACAUGGGUGAGGAGGAUUGGUCUGACACACAACAACAGCCACGCAAGAGAUGGACUCUCGAGCAGCUCAAGGGAGGAAACACCUUCCUCUCUCAACAAGCUGGUACCAACAAGUUUGAGACACAGAAGGGAAUGACCGCUGUCGGUAUGCCACGUUGGAAUAUCACCAAGGACAAGAAGCAAGGAUACAUCGCUCCAGAUCAGAGAUCUGAAAAUGUUCUUCGCGUGCAAUGCGGAACCAACCAGUAUGCUUCCCAGAAGGGAGAGACCCCAAUUGGAGCUUCCCGCUUCCAAGUUCCAAAGGUCACCUACAAGAAGGAAUGGGAAACCAUUCUUGAUAAGGAAGGAGAGAAGAUCAUUCCAAAGCAAGCCGGAGAUUACGGGCUUGCUUCCCAAGCCGGAGAAGUCAGCAUGGGAGGACACAGAAAUCAAGUUGCCCUCAUCCGUGGACGUCUUCCACACGAUCGUCGUACCCAUGGAGUUCUCUGCUUCCAGAACGGAACCAACUUGUUCGCUUCUCAAACUGGAAUGUCUGCUCCACCAGGUCUUGGAGCCGUCCGUCAAGCCACUCAAAAGAUCGAAGGACUUGAGCUCGGAGAAGACAUUCUCCGACGAGGAACCGAAUUCACACCAUGGUACUCUGGACAAAACAAAUUCGCCACCCAAGCUGGAUCUGGAGGUUUCCUUAAGGUUCGUGACGUUCUACCACACACCGUUGGAGGAAAAGACAUCGAAGAGGAGCUCAAGCAAAAGUCCGAGGGAAUUGUUCCACUUCAAUCUGGAACCAACAAGUUGGCUUCUCAACGUGGAAUGACUGGAUUCGGAACACCAAGAAACACCCAACUUAGGGCUGGAUGGAAGAAGGAAUGGAUUGAGGAUUACGAGGCUGCUCUCAAAGAAUGGGAAGAGACCAAGCCACCAGGCAGUGCUUCUUCUGUUGACCCAUUUGGUCACUACAAGAAGAAGUUCGAGGAGCGUGAGUCAUCCCGCCAAUCGGAAAUUGAUUCUCAAUCUGUGAAGGCUAGCGAGCCAGUUGAGCCAGAACCAGAAGAGGAGGAAGAAGAGGAGGAAGAGGAGAAGAUCGAGGAGCCAGCUGCCAAGGAAGAGGAGGAAGAAGAGGAGGAGGAAGAGGAGGAAGAAGAAGAGGAGCUCGAGGAGGAAGAAGAAGAGGAGGAAGAGGAAGAGGAAGACGAGUAGAUCACUUCAACGCAAACUGCCAUAUCAAAACUUCACAACCUGACUUCUGACGACGGAAUUACGAUAAAUUGAAUCAAUUCUAAAACACCCCCGCCCCCGUUUCUAACGUUUGUUUUUCUCAUUACAUAUUAUUCGACCCCCUCCAACAAAAAACAUAUAGUUAGUAAAAAAACUUCAUUUUUCCCCUUCACUUAUUUUCUCUCUGUGCUCUAACGGAUUUUUCAUGUCUGCCUUUUACUGAUGUAUAGCUGAUUACAAAUACCAUUAUCUUUCUGAAUAAAUGAUUUUUGUAACUGCAAA